CAGUCAUUUAGUACACUUAAACCAUGCCCCUUUUCUUAUAUUCAACUGCAAGCUUGCAUUCAGAUCUGCCCUGUCCAACAUUUCUGAUUUCAUUUUUGAUUUUUUUCUGUUUCAUUUGGGUGUAUGUCACAAUAUGGAAGAAUUGAUCUGUCACUACUUCCAUUUUUAAUUUACUUGUUUAUUACCUUGUACCUAAUUGCUAUAUUGCAUUUGUUUAUUUGACAUGAUUUCAGUGCAAGGUAGUAGUGAUACCUGUUCUCAAUCUUAAAAAAGCAUCUUGAUUCCAGUUCAUUUACAGUUGUUGCAGACUUUAAGGGUCACACCAUUAAUACCUGUCCUUAACCUUACAGGUGAGUGUUCAGUUGAGCAGUGAUUACGUAAGCAUCACGUCAGUAUGCCUCCAUUGAGAACUGUAUAUUGGGUUCAGAUUAUUUUGAUUUAUGGAUAUCUGGCAAAUCUCCUUUUCCUGGUUUUCUACUUCACUCCUCGUUUCCAGCACAUGUAUAUUUAUUUGGUUUGCACUCUUGGUUAACUCCAGUUCUUCCAGUUACUUCUUGAUUAGCUGCUCUACAGGAUUACUAAACAAGAUUAGAAGAAAAAAAAAAAAAGGAAAAUCCCUUCCAUCUGCCUACCUGUCAGAGGAUCGCCACAGUUAUACACCUGCGCUCAUCUUUGACAAUCUGGAUAGCACUUUAUAAUAACAAUAUACUAUCAGUGGAUACUGUGUAACAGGUAUGCACAGGUGUGGGAAGGUUUGGUGUCAUCGUCCGAAGUGAAGUGGCGACUAUCGCACAACAGCUUCAUUUUCAAGCCACAGGAAGUCAUUAUGUGGAAGCUCAUAUGGACCUGUAACCUGUGUUGGUUAGGCUGUAUUUUUGCAAUAGGCCAGCUGGAUAUUUCUGCAGGGGAAGUUGACCAGAUUCCCAUGUUUGGAAAUCCAGAUAAGCGCUCACAAAGAUUGUUUCAAAGGUUUGUGGAAAAGCCUGGAGAUCAUGGACUGUUGCCAAGACAUAAGCGUAAUGUUUUUCUGUCCAGUGGAAUACGCCUCUGCAGUCAAGAAACAAUGCAGCAAGCCGUCAGUAACCACUUCAUAUACUACCAGCUCAGAGCAUGUCAGGAAAUUGUGUGGGAGGCUUUCAAAAUCUUCUUGGAUCGCCUCCCCGAUCAGGAGGAAUACAAGAGCUGGAUGAGCCAGUGCCAGACAGAAAGACUCUCUAUACAGGAGAUUGGCGCUGCAUUUAGCCAAUCAGAAGAACACUUCGCACUUAUCCACAGAAGACUUGCGCAGAAGGGGCUGAAAAGUAAUACACCUACAUACUCAGUAUGCAGACCUGAGCAGUCUUCCCAAGAGCAAGACCAUGUGCCACCAGGUGAUGAGCUUCCAGCAGAGACCACUGUGGUGGUGACCACGGCGGUUCCAGAUGAGGUUGUCUCAGAGAGAGUGAAGGAAGUUACUGCAGAAGCACCAUCUGCUGUCAUGACAAUGGAGAUGGAUACUGAGAUCACUAAUGAGAUAGAGCAGGAAGCAGCUGCUUUGCCUUCACGUCCUCUGGUUGAGCAGAGGGUGGAGCUGGCUAUGUUUUUGACUGGAGAACCAUGGAGUGAAGAGCUGUUCAACUCCACCAGCAGUGAGCAUGGCAGACUCACUCACAAGAUCACAGAGAAGAUUUCAGCUGCUUUGAAGAAACUGACAGAAUUCAAGAGUGUAUCGGUAUUGAACAUCAGGCCACAGAUGGAUCCCGCAAGUGGUGAUAAGGCAGUAUUGGUGGAAUAUGUUGUGUCCCUCCAGACCAGCAGUGAAGAGAUCAGCAGUGAGACACUGGACUUCAUUCAUCUUCAAUCCAACAUGGUAGAGGGCACCUUUAGUUACUCAGAAGGGCCCACUGUUCAGUACACCAUUAUUGACAUCCACCCCGACAUCACUGAGGCUCUACAUGUGGAAGCAUCUCCAGAGGAAACCCAUCCUGCAGAAGAAUCUCUUGACCCUGACCACAAGGAUGAUAUUUUAGCAGUAGAAAUACUAUCUGAGCUGCCUGGAGAGAUGAUGAAGGAGGUCUUUACUGUUGGUGACCUUUUGGAUUCUACAAUGUCAGAAGAAGAAGACCUUCAAGACAAGGACUUGGUGUCACAGUUUCUUCCUAACCAGACUCUUGCUGUGGAUAGUGAAGCUGUAGGUCCCAUUAUUGAUGCCAAGCAAGACAGUGGCUUGACAAUUGAUGAUUUUAAUCCCGCCUCUGGAUCUGGUGCAGAAGACGAUUGGGUAACUGUACUUACUAGGGCUCAAGAGCCAGUUGGAGAGACAGAAGGUGAGCAAGAGGUUUUGAUUGAUGUAGACACGCCACAGAUUGAGGACUAUGAAUUCUCCACAAUUACAACAGUGGUUGAAGAGGACCAGAUCUUGCCUGAGGAAACCCCUGAACUGAUUACUGUUAAAGCUGGAGAAGAUGGAAAUCUAUGGGUUGGUAGCGAAGUGCCCACAAUGCCGCCAGUCAAAGUGGCUGAAGCAGAAUCUACCCUAAAACCCGAGGAAGACAUUAUACUACCUGCAGAAGAAGAGAGGACAGAGGAAGACAACGAGGAAGAAACUGUUUUAACAAAAACACGAAAGGAUGAGGAAACUGAAGUUGCUGUGAUCAUAAAGGAAGAAUCAGAGGAGGGUGACAAAGAGGAACAGGAAGAAUCUGUUGACAGUAUCACAGUGGCACAGGAGGUUGAUUUUGUACUAACGGAUGUUUCAGCAAUACAGUUUUCAGAGGAAGUUCUAACAGAGGAUGAGAUCCUAUUGGUCACCAAUGAACCAGCAAGCCCGGUCUACCCAACUCCUUUUUCAACUGAGAACGAAUCACCCUUCUCCCUCAUCACCACUAUUACCCCAGCGGAGGUGGAGUUGGUGCAUACCUUAAAUUCAAAAGUCAUGACUACAUCUCUAGAUGUGAUCCAUUACAAAGAGGAAGAGGGUAGUGGCAUCUCUGGUGUCAUUCAGGGCGAUGAAGUUUCCAGCAUAGCCUUGCCAACUAACCCUGGGCGGUCUUUGAUAGUGUUUUUCAGUCUUCGUGUUACUAACAUGAUAUUCUCUGAGGAUCUGUUUAAUAAGAGCUCUGCAGAGUACAAAGCCUUGGAGCAACGGUUCCUUGAACUGCUUGUGCCAUAUCUGCAGUCAAACCUCAGUCACUUUGAGAAUCUGGAGAUCUUGAACUUCAGGAAUGGAAGUAUUGUGGUGAACAGCCGUAUGAAGUUUGGGCAGCCUGUUCCUCGUGGAGUCAAUAUCGCUGUUUACCUCAUUCUAGAGGAUUUCUGCAACACAGCUUACCAGACCAUGAACCUCGCCAUUGACAAAUAUUCGUUGGAUGUCGAAUCAGGGGAACAGGCAGACCCGUGCAAGUUUCAAGCAUGUAAUGAGUUUGCUGAAUGUACAGUGAACCAAUGGUCAGGUGAAGCUGAAUGUGUGUGUAAUGCUGGUUACUUCAGCGUGGACGGACUACCCUGCCAAAGCAUCUGUGACCUUCAGCAUGACUUCUGCUUGAAUGAUGGGAAAUGUGAUGUCAUUCCAGGUCAAGGAGCCAUCUGCAGAUGCCGUGUUGGGGAAAACUGGUGGUACAGAGGAGAACAUUGUGAAGAAUAUGUUUCUGAGCCACUCGUAGUUGGCAUUGCCAUAGCAUCUGUUGCCGGGUUCCUUCUGGUGGCGUCAGGAGUAAUCUUCUUCCUAGCAAAAACUCUGAGAGACCAAUAUGACAAGGAUGAGACGGAGGAUCCAGUACGGGGCCGCAGACAGUUUUUCAGACGACCCCCAAACACUGAAUUCAAGCCACAGUACACUGUGAAGACAGUGAAGCAUCAUGAUAUGGGAAUGUUUCUCAUACUACAUGUUGGACCUAUUUAUCGCAUUCCAGGGAUCAUGGAUCAGUUUGAGUACAUUAAAAUACUUAAAGAGGUUAUGUUGCCUUAUGCCGAAGAGGAAAUGCCCUUGAAAUGGGUGUUUCAACAAGAAAACAACCCCAAACACAUCAGUAAGCGAGCAGCAUCUUGGUUCCAGACUAACAAGAUUAACGUUAUGGAGUGGCCAGCCCAAUCUCCAGACCUGAAUCCAAUAGAAAACGUUUGGGGUGACAUCAAAAAUGCUGUUUCUGAGGCAAAACCAAGAAAUGCAGAGGAAUUGUGGAGAGAGGACAGUCCGCCAUUUCUGGACAGGGCCACUAAGUAUAACCCCAUGUUCGAGAGCGAUUUAACUACAGGCUACAGCCAUUACUACCAGCGGUACCCCGAGCCCCCAGUCCACAGCAGCACCAGUGCCGAGGCAUCCACAGAGUUCAGCAGCGAAGAGAUACGGCAUAUUUAUGAAAACAGUGAACUCACCAAGGAGGAUAUUCAAGAUCGCAUCCGCAUCCUUGAACUCUACACAAGAGAUCGUCAGUUUGCAGAUUUUUUGAAGCAGCAUCAAAUAGCAAUGGAUAAUCAAAGAGAAAGUUCCUCCAAUAGUCAAUAGCUGUCCAAUGUCCAAUAGCCUGCUGAGUACAAAACAGUAAAGGAAAAUGUGCGUGAAGUUCAUGUGGUUCAACACGACUCUCCCUUUGAGCCAAUCACAGCUGCGGAGCAAAGCACACACAAUCAUCUGUACCAAAACAUUACACAUGCCAGAGGCUUAAUAACCAUGGCCCCAUUAGGUGACUUAAGCACCCCUUCAUUGACUAAACUAGAAAUGUGUCCCUGAUAAUUCAUAUUAUACUUUAUUUUGAAUAUUAUUUAAACAUAUUUAUAUUCAAACCAACAGCACAUGAUAUUGUUUGCAUUUACAUUUAUGCAUUUAGCAGGCAUUUUUGUCCAAAGUGACUUACAAAAAAGGAACAUGUUUUCAUGUGACGGUUCAAUGAACAGGAAGGACACAAAAUACCCAGUUACUUCAUCAAUUUUUGCUCUGAAAAUAAGAAAUUGUUGCAAAUGAAGCCAAAGUUAAUGACUCAUUCAUAAAGACAUACAGUUUAGUUCCUGAAUUAGUCAGUGUUGUGUUUUUGAACGAAUCGUUUUAGUAAAUUAUUCAACGACUCACUCAUAAAGACAGUGGCUGCAUCCUUAAAUGCAUAUUCAUUCUCCGAGUAUGUAUUUCUUUAAUAAUUUCUUUAUUCAGUGACUCACUCAUAAAGACUGUUGCUGUGUCCGAAAUUGUAUAUUGUAUAGUAGGUAAUAAAUUUGUUUGAAACUUGCAUGACUGUUAAAAAGCUGUAUAUGAAUGUGUGUAGUUGCCUAUGAGUGAAAUUUGUUUACUACAUUUGCCAUGUUUUCACUGAGAUGUGAUCAACAGCCUCAAUUAGUGUCACUUCACUGCCAUCAAAUCCUCUCACAUGGCCUCAUUGGACAGUAAAGUAUCCAUCAGGUCAUCCACCUUACUACUUGGCUCACAUACUGUUUUUCACGUACUAUAUAAUAUAGAAGUAGUUAUAUUCAGAUGCAGGAAGUCAGUAGUUAAGUAUGUUCUUGAUUCAAUGUUUUGAACAAAUGAGCGAAUGAUUCAGUAAUUCACUCAUAAAGACAGUCACUUGUCGCCACCUACUGGCACAUUGAUGAAACCUGCAGAAUGUGAAAUUUAGGUUUUUACCUUAUUUUUAAGCAGUAAAAGUAAGCUUUUGCAUAUUUGUGAAAAUGCAAGAAUUUUGCAUCAUUAGCUGCUUAAAAAAGAAUAACAGUGUAGUUAACAGUAUAGUCAAAGGUAAAAUUAUGUCAAGUCAAGUCACCUUUGUUUAUAUCGCACUUUUAACAAUACAGAUUGUGUCAAAGCACUUAACAGUAUCAAAUUGGAGGAUAGAGUGUCAGUAAUGUAUAAUGAUAAGAUUAAACGCUCAAUUUUCAGUUAAUGGCAUUUCAUUAUUGAAUUCAGAGAUGUCAUUGUUUAGCUCAGUUUAGUUUAAAUAAAUCAAAUUGACGAUAAUCGCUAGAAAUUAAGUGUCCCCAACUGAGCAAGCCAGAGGCGACAGCGGCAAGGAACCAAAACUCUCUCUGUGACAGAAUGGAGAAAAAAAAACCUUGGGAGAAACCAGGCUCAGACCAGACGAAACCCCGCAGUUCAAUUCCAACCCCAGCCAUGUCAGAUUGUGCAA